CUGGAUGUGUUUUUCCUCCUGACAAGUAUAAAUGGCCUCAGUGUUUACAGUUAGUUAUUAGAGAUCCUAUGCUGCUGUCGCCAGCUGAAAGUCAAAAUGUCUCCGCCGUGCAACAGCACAAUGUGUUUCCCUUAACUGCUCGACACUGGUCAAACUUUACAGGAGACAUUUGAUUUUGUUUCACCCCAGACUUUUUUUUCUCCCUCCUUCACUUGCAUCUGAAGAAGACGCGUCAAGAGGAAACUUCUGCUCAAGGUCAUCUUAAAGUUUAGAGAAGGUCUACGUUGAAGGCUGCAGCCAUGGUGUUGAUUCUGGGCAGAAGGAUGAUCAGGGAGGAGUCAGGGACCAGAGAUUCGCCAGCUGUCAAACGCAAGGUCUUUGAGGUUGAUCCCAAGACUCUGGCCAGCCAGGAUGUCUUGGACUUCUGCUCCGGUGCAUCCCACUCGGACGGCAUCCUGCAGGUGUUCAACGAGUUCCGUGACACCCGCCUGUUUACUGAUGUGGUCAUCAGCGUGCAGGGCCGCGAGUUCCCGUGCCACCGCGCUGUGCUCUCCGCAUGCUCCUCCUACUUCAGAGCCAUGUUCUGCAAUGAUCACCGCGAGAGCCGCGAGAUGCUGGUGGAGAUCAAUGGCAUCCUGGCCGAGGCGAUGGAGUCCUUCCUCUCCUAUGUAUAUACUGGCCGCGCCAAGAUCACCACUGAGAAUGUCCAGUUCCUCUUCGAGACCUCCAGCCUCUUCCAGAUCGCCACACUGCGUGAUGCCUGUGCAAAGUUCCUGGAGGACCAGUUGGACCCGUGCAACUGCCUGGGCAUCCAGCAAUUCGCAGGUGCUCAUGCCCUGAAGCAGUUGGCCAGCCGCUGCCGCAGUUACGCCCUGGCCAACUUCUCAGAGGUAGCUCAGCACGAGGAGUUCCUCGACAUGCGCAAAGAGGAGCUGGAAGAGCACAUUGCCAGCGAUGAGCUGUCCAUCGGUAAGGAGGAGGUGGUGUUCGAGGCCGUGAUGCGAUGGGUGUACCACAGUGUGGAGCACAGGAAGCCCAUGCUGAAGGACCUGCUGCACCAUGUGCGCCUGCCGCUUAUGCACCCCAACUAUUUUGUCCAGACGGUGGAGGGAGAUCAGCUCAUCCAGAACGCUCCAGAGUGCUACCAGCUCCUCCAUGAGGCCAGGCGCUACCACGUGCUAGGAAAUGAGAUGAUGUCACCCAGAACUUGUCCACGCAGGUCGACCGGCUUCUCUGAGGUGAUCGUCGUGGUCGGUGGCUGCGAGCGGAUAGGAGGCUUCAACCUGCCGUACACUGAAUGCUAUGAUCCAGUCACAGGAGAGUGGAAGUCACUCGCCAAACUCCCUGAGUUUACCAAGUCAGAGUACGCCGUCUGUGCCCUCCGCAACGAUAUUCUGGUGUCCGGUGGUCGUAUCAACGGCAGGGAUGUGUGGAUGUACAACUCACAGCUCAACCUCUGGAUCAGAGUGGCUUCUCUCAACAAAGGACGCUGGAGACACAAGAUGUGUGUCCUCCUGGGCAAGGUCUAUGCCGUGGGAGGCUAUGAUGGCCAGAGCCGCCUGAGCAGUGUGGAGUGCUACGACUCCUUCUCUAACCGCUGGACAGAGGUGGCACCAAUGAAAGAGGGGGUGAGCUCUCCUGCGGUGGCCAGCUGUGCCGGCAAGCUCUUUGUCAUUGGAGGAGGGCCCGAUGACGAAACUUGCUCAGACAAGGUUCAGUGCUAUGAUCCAGAGGAAAAUUCUUGGUUACUACGGGCUAACAUCCCCAUCGCCAAGCGCUGUAUCACGGCAGUGUCCCUCAACAACCUGAUCUAUGUUUCCGGUGGUCUUACCAAGUCCAUAUUCUGCUAUGACCCCGCAGAGGACUACUGGAUGCAUGUGGUUCAAACCUUUAACAAACAGGAGAGCUGCGGCAUGUCAGUGUGCAAUGGGAAGAUCUUCAUCCUUGGUGGCAGAGGGGAAAGUGGUGAAGCUACAGACACCAUCUUGUGUUACGACCCAUCGUCGGGCAUCAUCACAGGAGUGGCGGCCAUGCCACGGCCAAUCUCUUACCAUGGCUGUGUCACCAUCCACCGCUUCAAUGACAAGUAUCAUAAGAAAUGAGCAUGAAUAAAAACACAGACACACUCAUGUUUUUCAUGCUUACCCCAUGUACAGCAUCCUACUUUCUUUUUUUUUUUAUAACAGGCACAUUUUAUCACACCUUUCAGCUAAUGUUAUUUUUCACAGCAUCAUGUAGCAGUUGUCGAUGUGGUGCAGUGAAUCUUUCAUUGCUGUGCACCAGAUAAUAAUAGCCCUUCUGUGAAAAUGCUUAGAGGGUGGUAAUGUUAAUGACGUGCCUGGAACUUGAGAUAAAGUGGAGUUAGAUCAAAGUGGCAGAUUUGUCUCGCAUUAGUAGUAACUGCACAAUAUUGUUAAUCUGAUUGCAGAAAUCCAGGAAAAACAUGAGAACUUGCUAAAUUAAAAAAAAAAAAAAUAGAGAUCAUGAUAGUAUAAAUAAAAAUUGAACCUUGGAGAUUCGUUCUUAACUUUUGGAACACAGCUUAGUAGUAAGAUAAGAUUUCAUAAACUUAAGGUUCACAUACUACCCAUAGCCCAUCAUGUGACCUAAAUGCAAUGCACAAGUCUAUUGUUUACAUCUGACCCCCCGAUUUGCUGAAGAAUCCCUUUGCAUAUGGUUUAAAACUUAAGCUUAUGAAUGUUCAGAAUGUUUUUUCACAAUAUUUGUAAACAUUCUUCAAAAUAUUAUUAUGGUAAGUGUGGAGGAUGUAGAUCUUAUGUUUCAUACAGGAAACGUUAUGCCAAUAUAACCACAAGAGCUCAAACUAACAACAUUAUGGUCAAAUUUUUUAGUGUGAUACUCGUUAUGAGCAGGUAAUCAGAUUAACAGUGACCUUCACAACAAUGUGCUUUUAUUACUGUGCAAAGUAACCUUACGUUUAGAUCUGGGUACCUGAUGAGCUAAAGCAAUCACAGAUAGUGCUAAUGAACAAAAACAGUGCCUUGUAGUGACAGUUAAAAAAACUCCAUACAACCCAGAGAGUCAUCUUCCUGCAGAAUCAAAAAUGAUGACAGAAAGAUGGAGUCAGGUCAAACAUCUGACCUUGUGACCACUGCACUCAUUACAUUACAUUUCAUUUAGCUGACGCUUUUAUCCAAAGCGACUUACAAUAAGUGCAUUCAACCCUGAGGGUACAAACCAAGAACACUCAAUGCAGAUGUGUGCACUCAUUACAGUACAUCACAGCACUGGGAAAGAUUAACACAAAAAAACGUAGUGUCCGCAAUUUGUAUCUCUUUUCCGUGAUACUAAAAAUGACGUGUUGAAAAUUGCGUGAGCAGUCAGCCAGCUGCUCGCCAGCAGUAACACUCGUCAUAAAUACAAUUUGCUUUUACCCAGGCUUAAGAGAAGAGAUAAAGAGCGGAGGCUGUACCAUCAAAUUGGAACACAGCCAUUGUUAGCACUGCCCACUUGUUUCCUUUUGUCUCUCACAUCCCUGCGCUUAUCGCCUAGUUUCAUAUCCUGUGUGUGUUUCCCAUUGCCCUGCUCCAGCUGUGUCACCAUCUCACAUCGAUAUCUACUUUUUUAACUUUAUUUUUUAUCAUUAUUCUUAUUACACUCAUUCUUGACAUUUUUCCUUAUUUUUUAAGUUAUACAUUACUUUGAGUUUUUUAUAAUUGGAUGUUUGUUGUAUUAUUUGUAACUUUAGUGUGUCUAUCAACGUUCGUUGAUUGGUGCACUGGGCUUGUGUGUGGUUUGGUAGAUGUGAGAAGCCUUUGUAGAUCAAACUCAAAGACUGUUUAGAAUAAGUGGCGUGUUUGUUACAUAGGCUGAAUGUAAAGAUGGACGACAUGACGGCUCCCCAAAAGUGAACAGGACAGACCCAGGCUCUGGCUCAGCGUUUGUAUCAAAAAUUAACUUCUUGUCUGGAAAGAGGGAGGAAGUGUCUUCCAUCUUUAUAUACAGUCUAUGAUUUGUCAUGCAUGUACGUAUAUAUGUAUGCGUGUGACUUUUAUGACUCAGUCUGGAUGUGUUGGACGUUUGUCAAGGAGUUCCAGUGAACUCUGAUGCUGGCACCUCUCACCUGUACACAUACAUUUAAUGAUGUAACUCGGGGUAACCAUAGAGACCUCCAGGUGUGUGUGUGUUGAAAUGUGUUUACUGGUCAGCAAAGGUGGGGUGUGUAGCAGUGCUAUACCUCACGGGGGGGAAUUCGGAGUUCUGAAUGAGAAGGAUUGUCAAUGGAGUGGCUUACGGUCAGUAAAAGUCACCUUUUACAACCUUUGGUGUUGAUAGAGUAAAAAUAUUGCUGUGAACAUUACUUUAUUUUAAAUUUUGUUUGGUUUCGUUGUUUAACCUGUAUUUAAAUGUGUAUCUUUCUUGGUUACGUAUUGUGUUUUUUUCUGAAACUAAGAGCCCCAAUCGUGCACUUUGACAGAAUCCUGUUAAAUGUAGAAUUAAAUGAUGAUGAUUUCCUUUUCUUUUCUUACUGUAUCAGUAAAUGUUCUUUGCCUUCAUGUGACGUAAGACUCAGGGCCUGUCAGCUCCUCCUGUUGGCCGCAACCUGUCAUAGCUCAACACAUAACAAAACAACUAAGUUAGCUGCAGGCGAACAAUGCCAUUAUUGAGUGAUAGAGUUUAAACUUUACUUUAGGGGAUCUGCUUCCGUCUGUCAGUCACAGUGACAGAAUACAUGGGGUGGGGGAUUUUAGCUUAAAUCUUCCGGUAAUGCAUUUUUUUUUGAGAAGGAGGAGUUCUGUGUCAGGUCAUCAACUUGAGUUCAAACUGAAACUUCCCCAGGUCCUCAGACACUCCUCCGCAGAGUGACAUCCUGAGGGUUACACAGGAGGCCAACAAGAGGAGGCUGAGGGGUGAGGGGGUUGUAACGCAAAAGAGAUGGAGUUCAAAAACAGUGAGAGAGAGAGAGAGAGUUUGAGUGUGUGUGCGUCUGUGAUUUCACUGAGUAUUUGAUGCAGAACAUGACACUGUUCUGUAAUCUGGAUUUCAUUUUUCACUGUAGAGACUUUCAUGAAUUGUUUAUGCUUUUUGAUAAGAUUUCGUUAAUGUUUAUAGAUUUUCUGUGGUGAAUUCUGGGUCUGUGUGUUGCUGAGGUAUUUUUCACUCCCACGUGCUAAAGGCAUGCCUUAAAUUAAACAGAGCAGAGUGUUAAAAGUGAAAGAUGGAUUUUAGUAAGGAUGCAGAUUUAAGCCAAAGUGUAUUUGAUUCAAUCCCAACAGGGCCUUUUUUGAAAAAAGUGUGCCCACGCAAGUUGGUGGCUUUAAACUGUUUAAUUGCAUAAUGAUGCCCUAUGUGCCUUAUAAUUAAAAAAAACUAAACCGUUGGGAAUUCAAUUGGAUCAUUUUGGUAUAAACUUUUACCAUCACCUCUUCCUCAGAUGCUUUUUGUCUAACUGUGGGAAAGCUUUGAUUUUAAUAUCCUGCAGUGUGUUGAAAUGUAAUGUUUGAGUUGUGUAAGAGAACCAUAAAUAAAGUUUUUCUGUCUUUACCAAAA